UGGGGGAGUAAUAACUCAACUGGAAUAAAUACUGCGAAGAGGUCAAGUUCUAAUCUGAAAUAUUUGUCGAACUGAAGGAAAAAUUCAGAAUACUCAUCUUGGAAUCUGAAGUUCUUCGCACAUCCGUAGCGAAAAGGUUAGGAAGGAGAGAAUUCUUUGAUUUGUAGCGUGGGAAUUUCAUCUGGGUUCUUCGGAUGGCUCGAAUUUUGUCUCAAUCUCAAUCUUUCAUUUCCUCCAAGAUGCAAUCUGCGCCUUUGAAGUUAUUGCUGUUGAUUCCGUCUUCCUUUGUUCUCGGUCAUCGGAACCGCUCUACACGUUCUGGUAAGGCCAAGUUCAUCGAAAUUGACCUUGAAUCGUCCUCUUUCGGGGCUGAUUCAGAGGUUCUUGCUAUUAGGAAGCUGGAUGAUUUUGUUGAGAGGAUUAUCGUUGAGCGAUCGACUCCUGAUUGGGUUCCGUUUGUGCCUGGUUCGUCAUUUUGGGUUCCUCCUCGUCGUACUAAGCCACGGAAGGUGGUCGACCUGUUCGAUAAAUUGGUUGAACCGCUCUCCAAAGAGGUGUCCCCUUCACUUGCUAACUCUCGUGGUUGGCCCUGCUUAGAUUUCUUCGCCAAAGGGUCUAUAUCUGGAGCAACUCGGCUGGCUCCAGUAGAUACCGAGUUCGACGCUUCAAAUGAGGUGGAGUUGGAGAUCGAGGUGAAGACAUCAACAAUCACAGAUAACUCAAACCAGCCUGAGGAUUGAGAAAUAUGAACCUCAUACCUCAUUCACUAAUGCAGUUGGGUAGGAUCAUUAGAUGGUUGUCAGAGAUUCGAGAGACCGAAUAGAGUGGAAAGUGACGAUGACGACGUGAGGUCGGAGAGAAAUGGAAUGGCUCUACAGAUGGUUCCAGUUCGGAGUUCACUUCCAUUUGCUUCGUCUCGACCCGCCUUGUCUAUUUAAAUCCCCCCAAACUUAUGGUUGUUUAUGCUUAGUUGUUUUUGGACCGACCGAGUACUUUAGGAUCUCCAAAUUCACCAGCUUGUUAUUUAAAUGAGGUGAAUUCUCAGGUUCUUGUCGUCCCCUCCACCCCUGUCCUAUCAAAUCUAUACACACAGCCACAGUAAGAAAUUUUGCUUAUGCAUGUAUAAAAGUAACUGAUAAAUUGUUUUACAUUUCAAAUGCCUGUAAGAUCAAUCUCAGUUUGUAGUUGCAGUAAUUUCCAUA